AUGGCGAACUUGAGCAUUGGCGACCUCCCGUCGGAGAUGAUUCUUUCCAUUAUGGAACACUUGCCAAACAUGGCCACCUUAAACGACUUUAUCCUCUCCAAUAGGAGUUUUUACAACAUCUUUAACAACCACCCAGCGGGUAUCAUUAUAUCCAUUCUCAAGAAUGAGCUUGGCGAAGACCUCUUUCUUCAUGCCAUUGUCGCACACCAGGUCGAGAAGCUGGGUGUGAAAUUGCCUUGCUUUACCGAGUUGUCCAUGGAUCAAAUCGACUCUGAAGUGGCCAGUCUCCGAGGGAUACGGGACCAGGCCUUUAUCUUGCAACAUUCUGGCCCUGGAUACUCAUCUAUCCCAAUCAACCUUCGAGAUGCCGGCAGGAUCUCUUACUUGGGGGCCAAGAUGUCUCAGCUAUCAGCCGCAUUUGUGAAAGACUGCACUGUCGGCCUGGGACGUUUAUUUCACCCCUUGCGGGACUCUGUUAAGCAGCGGCCAGUGUCAGUUGACGAGAUGAGAAGGAUUCGACAGUCGAUGUACAUGUUCCACAUCUUGUCCAUCUUUUGCAAGGAUUUAUUCCUAGAUGUUCAAGUCAGCGAGAGCAACCAAAUCAUUCAGCACAAGGUCGAUGCCUGCGUGGAUAAGAUUUCGAAAUUGCAGCGCAGUCUUGUGGAUGGAUUUAUGGCUCCUUGGGAACUGUGUCAGGUUGUUACCUUGCAGGGGUGGUUUCGUCGGCAGCUGCGUGAACUAGAAUACGACGGCCUUCUUAACGAGAGGCUGAUGCCCUAUGUCCUCUCCCAAGGCAUAGAAUGCAUGCACGAGGGCAUAUGUAUUGACGUUCAGGCGCGAUACGGUUUUGGGAGUCAAGUGGAAGGAGGAUAUUAUUUCUUCAUUAACAAGAUAAAGGAGAAGGCCAGACAAAACCCAGCACACGGGUUUGGAAUGAUCCUUUCUCGAGGGCUCAGGGAUAACUGGACGCGAAAGACGGGAAUGCCGUUUGACCAGUACAGUUCCUUUGGGAGUUACGGAGACGAGGGAGCGUACACCGCCUGGAGUCGCUUGGAAACUCCCGUCAACAGACCGGACAUGGACAUGUCGGAUCCUGAAUCGUGGGAUCUUCUGGUCAAUGCAGAGAGCAUGCUGGAUGUUUGGUCUGCCGGCUUUUGGGACACGGAUCGCUGGCCUGAUAUAAGCCACUCCAUGGACGAUGACUUGCAACCUGAUCCCUGGCGCCAUGUAAUGCUGCUUUGGGAUUCUUUUCAGGUGGGAUGGGAGAGUGCUCUUGAUCCGAAGAUGAGAGACGGAGUGAUGCCCGAGACAGAGUGA